GACUUUUUAGUGUUUAAUUACAUGUGUAUUGAAAAAUAAAAGUAAAUAUUAUAUUAAUAUUAAUAUAAAUAGUGUUUUCAGUGGUUUAUAAAUAUUAGUAAACAAUUGAAUUAAUAGUCAAUUGAGUUAUUGUUUCAAUGCUUCCAAAUCAGAGUACAUUCCCGUCAUAUCAACCACUGGUCAUACCGACUAACGGUCAGAACAAUGCACCGCCGAUGCCAUCACUGCCAACAGUACCGGGAAUGCCAUUCAUGGCGUAUCCAAUGAUGAGCGCUCCACCACUCGCUCCGCCAACACUUGUGCCGCAAACGAUGACCACAACCACAGCACCGACUACUUCGGCAUCCAAUUGGACCGAACAUAAGUCUCCCGAUGGACGCACUUAUUAUUACAAUAAUACUACCAAACAGUCUUCGUGGGAAAAACCAGAAGAAUUGAAAACCGAAUCCGAAAAACAAUUGACUACUUGUCAGUGGAAAGAAUAUAAGACAGAAGAUGGAAGAGUCUAUUACCACAAUAUUGCAACCAAACAGUCAAUGUGGACAAUACCUCAAGAGUUAGAUGAACUCAAAGCUAAGAUAGCCAGUGAAGAAGCCAAAGCUUCCGGAAUUAUGAAAGCAGAUGUAGUUUCCCAAUCAUCUGGUGGACAAUCGGUUCCAACAACUCCACUACAAUCGACUCCAACAAUAACAAUACCAUCGACACCACCUCAAGAAGUGAUACAAAAAACAGAUGCUUCUCAAGAAGCAACUGGAGCUCAAUCACCCGCUUCUGAUACAAGUAGUGAGGGUAAAGUGGACAGCAGUCCCAAUGAUUUACCACUUCUCGAGACAAUUGCAACGCCAACCGAUGCUAAAGAAGUGUCAGAAAUAUUUAAAGAUCUUUUAAAAGAAAAGAAUGUCUCGUCAACUGCCAGUUGGGAACACGCUCUCAAACUUAUCGGUUCUGAUCCACGAUUUGAAAGGUUCAGAAGUCAUCCGGAAAGGAAACAAUUUUUUAACGCUUAUAAAGUCCAGAAAGCGAAAGAAGAGAAAGAGGAACAAAGGAUACGCGCGAAACGUGCGAAAGAAAAUAUGGAAAAAUUCUUGCAUUCAACCGAUAAAAUCAAUUCUACCACAAAAUACAGGACCGCCUGUGAAAUACUUAGAGAUAUUGAUAUCUGGAAAGCUGUUCCAGAUAUUGAUCGCCGAGAGAUAUUUGAAGACGCCAUCACUUAUUUAGCUAAAAAAGAAAAGUCUGAAGCAAAAGCAUUACGUAAGCGUAAUAUGAAAGUAUUGGGUAAUAUAUUGGACUCAAUGACACAAAUCACAUAUCGGAUCACUUGGCAAGAGGCACAACAACUACUACUCGAUAAUCCUGUAUUUGCUGAAGACGCAGAACUCUUAGGAAUGGAUAAAGAAGACGCUCUGAUUGUAUUUGAAGAUCAUAUCAGACAAUUAGAGAAUGAUGAAGAAGAGGAAAAGAAACGCGAAAAGAAAAGACAGAUUAGACUUCAGAGGAAGAAUAGAGAAGCAUUCAUUGCCUUCUUAGAUGAAUUACACGCCAGUGGAAAAUUAACCUCAAUGUCUAAAUGGGUUAAUCUUUAUCACGAGAUAAGUGCUGAUCCAAGAUUUAGUGCAAUGUUGAGCCAACCAUUUUUUGGUUCCACACCUCUCGACUUAUUUAAGUUUUAUGUAGAAGACCUCAAAGCUCGAUAUGAAGAUGAAAAACAAUUAAUCAAAGAUAUACUUAAAAGUAAAGAUUUUGAAGUAACUAUUGGUACUUCUUAUGUAGAUUUUGCCACUAUUUUAAGUGAAGACGCCAGAAGUGCAACACUUGAUGGCGGAAAUGUUAAAAUAAUUUAUGAAAAACUUAUUGAAAAAGAAAAAGAAAAGGAAAAAGAAAGAAUUAAAGAGGAGACCAAACAUAAGCGCAAAUUAGAAACAGCAUUCUUAGCUGUUUUAGCUAAAUUGGAUCCGCCUAUCAAUGAAGAUUCACAUUGGGAUUCAAUUAGAGAUUUGAUAGAAAAUGAAGCGGCGUUUCAGGCCAUACCAUCUGAAGCCGAAAGAAUAACUAUAUUCAAGAGUUGCAUCCGAACUAUGGAAGAAAGCUGUUCUCAUCAUCACUCGAAGUCAAAGAAGAGCUUUUAUGGCAACAAAAAAUCAGACAAAUCGAAAAAACUUAAAAAACCUCACUCUUCGUCAUCGUCAUCGUCCGCAUCAUCCAGUGAUGAUGAGAGACAACAUAAACGAUUGGAUGCCAUAAAUAAAGACAAUCGCUCUCAUUCCAGAAGUCGAUCAGUUGCUUCUCCCAGUGAGUCCAGUAAUAGUGAAGAUAAUUAUCAAAAAUAUAAGUCAAUAAACACUCGAAAACAAUCAUCGAAUUCGGAUGACGAGAGAACUCGUUUAGAGUCACCGGAGAAGAGUAAGCGAAACAGUUCUGCCUUUAAUGAGUCCGCCGAUGACUUGGAAGCGCUUGAAAAACAAAGAAGAGAACUGUUAGAACAGUUAGAAGCGCAUCACAACACCUCUCAAUGAUGUACAGUACUGUAUA